UGUCCUUCUAAUACUCAUCUUAGCAACUCUACUUCAUUUUAUUUAAUUAUUAAUUAAUUAUUAAGAGAUCAAUCGAUAAUGGCUACUCCGAAAUUUAUGUUUUUCUUAGCUCUUCUUCUUCCUCUUGUAUUGAGUGUUAAUGGCAACGGCCUAGCAGUGGGGUACUAUUCGCGUUCAUGUCCUCAAGCCGAGUCCAUAACAAUGAAUGUUGUCAAACAAACUCUAGCUGUUGCUCCUUCUCUUUCUGGCCCCUUGUUGAGAAUGUUCUUUCAUGAUUGUUUUGUUAGGGGUUGUGAUGCUUCUGUCUUGCUAAAUUCUCCUACAAACCAAGCUGAGAAAGAUGCAAUUCCAAAUCAAACUCUUAGAGGAUAUGAAAUCAUAGAUAGAGUCAAGAAUGCUUUGGAAAUUCAUUGUCCUGGAGUUGUUUCAUGUGCUGAUAUAAUAACCAUGGUAUCUAGAGACGUCGUGGUUCAGACUGGUGGAUUUUCAUGGAAUGUUGAGCUAGGAAGACGAGAUGGUGUUGUUUCUUUGCUUAAUGAUGCUUUAACUAAUUUGCCGCCACCUACUGACAAUAUAAACGCUUUGGUGAGAAGUUUUAGGGGAAAAGGACUGAGUGUAAAGGAUCUUGUUGUCUUAUCAGGCGCGCACACAAUAGGCAUAGGUCAUUGUUCUGCAUUCAGAAACCGUCUCUACAACUUCACCGGUAAAGGUGAUGUCGAUCCAUCCAUGAAUUCCCAUUACGUCGCUACAUUAAAAAAGAUAUGUACCUUAAAUGGUCCUGAUGUAUUCGUACAAAUGGAUCCCGGAAGUUCCAAGAAAUUCGACGAGGGUUACUACGCGCAAGUGUCUAAAAACAGAGGAUUGUUUCAAUCUGAUGCUGCAUUACUCAACAAUGCUGAGACUAAAGCUUAUGUAUUAGCUCACAAAGGUGGUAACCAAGAAAGUUUCUUCAAAGACUUUGGGGUGUCCAUGGUAAAUAUGGGUAGAAUUGGUGUUCUUACAGGUAAUGCUGGUCAAAUAAGGAAAGUUUGUUCAAAGAUUAACUGAUUUAUGAUCAAAAGCACGUGACAUACGGUGGAACAAAAUUCUCCUCAUAUUUAUUGAUUGAAUUGGUUCAUUUGGGUAUAUAAUUUGCAUGAAUAAAUAAGAAGAUUUUACACAAGUGUGCGUGGGACAUAAUUAAUUAUAGGGCAUAAAAUUCAAUUUCGGUUCGUAAAGUGUAUGUAUGUGAAGUUUUGUGUUGGUAGAGAACAUACUUGUAUUUCACAAACUAAGUGUUUAAGUGAGAAUUCAUGUCUAGGUCAUGGGGAGGUUUAAGUAAUUAAAGGCACAAACGAUGUAUAUUGUGGUGCUCAAAACCACUUAUAUUUUAUCUGUUACACAGGACAAUCUUUCAUAAGAUUGAUUUCAAUGGCAAGUGUAUAAUAUUUCCAUUACUGAGCUUUUGUUUAUGUUUAUGUACUGAUGCUCUCUUCCAUCAAUGAAAAAUUAUUAUUUAAUU